AUAAUUAUUCUAUGAUUUGAGACAAACUACGAACGGUUACAAGACUAUGAUUUUAAUCAGUUAAUUCACCAUAGUAUAUUCUAUGAACAUAGUAUUGUAGACCUAUUAACUAUAAAAAUACUCAUUCUUUGGUUUAAAAUAACUAUUACAGCGGACGUACACGUUUCAUACAGAAUGGGAUUGAUGACAGUUUUGAAGAAAAUGAAGCAGAAAGAAAAAGAAAUGAGAAUCUUAAUUUUAGGUUUGGAUAAUGCUGGAAAAACAACUAUAUUAAAAAAAUACAAUGGAGAGCCAACUAAUACAAUUGAACCAACUUUGGGUUUUAACAUUAAGACAUUAGAUCAUAAAAGUUAUAAACUAAAUGUAUGGGAUGUCGGUGGCCAAAAGUCAUUGCGAUCAUAUUGGCGUAAUUAUUUUGAAAGUACUGAUGGUCUUAUAUGGGUUGUUGACAGUGCUGACAAAAGAAGACUGGGUGAUUGUACUAAUGAAUUGCAUAGUUUAAUUGAAGAAGAGAGAUUGGCUGGAGCUACAUUACUGAUAUUUGCUAAUAAACAAGAUUUACCAGGUGCAUUAUCAUCAGAAGAAAUAAAAGAGGUGUUGCAAUUAGAUCGAAUUAAAACUCAUCAUUGGAAAAUAAUACAUUGUAGUGCAUAUACUGGGGAAAACUUGUUGGAAGGCAUAAAUUGGAUGGUUAGCGAUAUCUCUGCUAGAAUAUUUACACUAGACUAAAAAUGUUUUAAAAAUUCAAAUUAAAAACUUUUUAUGUACACAAAAUUGAGUUUUAACAUUUCUUUAUCAAGUGUUAGUAUUAUUUUCGUUACUUAUAAAAUAAUCGUAUAUAAUAAUAAUAUAAGAAUUAAUAAUUAAUAUGCAUAAUAUAAUGAAUAUUAUUUUAAUUUUAUAGUGAGCUUAUCGUGUUUUUAUGACAUUAUUAAUAUUUAUAUUUUCAUACUUGUUACUUAGCCUGUUAUGUUUACUUAACAUUUAAGCUCAAAUUAUAAAUUGUGAUGUAUUUUAUUUAAUUUUUUUAUAAAUUAUGAAUGAAUUAAAUAAUAUGGUGAUUUAUGAUAUAAUAAAACUACUAUCUAAUAAUA